UAUAUCAUUACAAAAUAAUCCUUUUACAACAUACAACUCAACCAAAGUAAAAUAGUAAGAAAGGAAUAAACUAAACCGGGAUUGGUUCAGUUAUUCUCCAAAGAAUCACUAUCCUCUUUCUUCAACUCUAAACCACUCUCAAAGAGUAGACCUUUUUUUACUAUAUUUUUUUUACUGUAUCAGUAAAAAACAACUAGCCUUCUCUUGAAUCAACCACACCAUUUCGCAAGAAGGAUCAAGAAGAUAAUCAAGAACACAAGCGAAGACAACCCAAUAGCAACACCAAGCACAACCUUAUUAGGACCAUGAUGCUCCUCCUCCCCCUCCUUCUUCUUCUUCUCACUACUAUCAUCCUCACUAUAAUCAUAAUCAGAACUCGAAUCCUCCUUCUGCGGCGGCGGAGACAAAGGCAAACCAUGCUUAUCACACGCAGCAAUACCCAACUUCAUCUUCGAAGACAACACACUAUGAUUAUAACAGAGAUCACUGUUUCCACCCACUUUAAACACUUCAAGCUUCUUAAUAAAACUAACAUUAAAAGGAAGAACUCCACGUAAGUCAUUAUUAGCUAAAUUCAAGUGCUUGAGACUCUUCAUCUUGGAGAUAAACCUCGGAACGGUGCCGUUUAGUUGGUUCCCGCUUAGAUCUAAAUGAGUAAGGUCACGAAUCGACGAGAUUGAAUCUGGGAUCGGUCCUGAGAGCUUGUUCGAGGAUAAAGAUAAGUUCUUUAACGAGAUUAGGUCGCCGAUGGUGUCGGGUAUCUCCCCGGAGAUCGAGUUAGACGACAAGUUUAGACCUUUUAGGUUUUGGAGGAGAGUAAUCGAAUUGGGUAUCGAUCCUUUGAUGAGAUUGUUGGAUAAAUCGAUGAAUGUGAGAUUGGAGUGGAAUGAUUUAGGGAUGUUUCCGGAGAGGUUAGCGUGGGUGAUUGUUAAGGAGACGAUGUGGCGCAUGUUUCCGAGGAUGACGAAGAGUCCGGACGUGGAGACGGGGACGGAGGAGACGGUGAGGUCGGUGAGGUUGACGAGGCGAGAGAGGGAGAGUCCGGAGAGGUGGGGGAAGGAGGAGACGGCGGAGAAGGAGUGGAGGGAGUUUGGGAGGUGAGGAGGUGGGGGGAGGUGAGGGCAGUUGUGGAAAGAGAGGGAGGUGAGGGAAGGGGAGAGGGCUUUGAGAGCUGUGGAGGAGAGGGAGAGGGAGGUGGAGCAGUUUGUGAAGGAGAGGGAUGUGACGAGGCGGAAUGGGGAGGCGGUGUUGCAGGUUAUGGAGGUGGAGGGAGGGUGGUGGUCGCAGGGGUUUUUGAGAGUGGGGAUGUUGAGGGAUUCGAGGGCUUUGAGUUGUUUUGGGUCUAGUGGGGAGGAGGAGGAGGUGUGGGGGGGAGUUGGGGAGGUGGUUGGAGAGGGGGAUGGGGAGAGGGAGGGAGUGGAGAAGGUAGUGGCUGAGAAGAAGAGGAGGAGAAGGAGGAGUAAUGGUAAGGGGAGUGUCAUGGUGAAGAGAGAGAGAGAGUGAGAGAUGGGAGGAAGGAAG